AUUGGGCUACUGCAUGGCUGCGGGCGCAAGUUCGGGCUGCGGAUCGCUCGGCCCUGCCCGCGGCAGGACGCGCCCGGAGCCCCGUGGGGCCAGGAUGGCCGGGCGCCCGCUCUGGGCCGCGCCACUGUCUCAGGGGGCAGAGGAGCGACCGCCAGGGGCCGGGCCUGGCACCGACGCAGGCUCCCAGCGCGCGGGGCGGUGGAAGGCGGUGCGCGUUCUACAGGAAGUGCGCGGCGUGCGGCGCCACAGCCGCGAUCCCGCCGCCCCCGGGUCCCCGGGCACGGUCCCGCUCCCGAGGCGGCUGCGGGACUCUGGAAGCGGCUUCCUGUGCUAUCUCCCCUCCCAGUGUUUGUGCGUAGGCCCUACCCACAAACAGCGCAUACAGCCGGUCUCCGCCACAGACCUGGCGGCGUGGGGGCCCUGGUCUCGGUGGACUGCGCGUGGACCAGCACUUGUUUCGAGGACAACCAAACCCCUGCUGGUCCCUCCGGGCCGCCGGACGCGUCUGUGUAGCUGUGUGAGCUCGGGCUCCUCGCCCCACCCGCCCGGCGAUUUUCAGAUUCGUGGAGUUGCGCAGUGGGUCGGCGGUAAACCCAAAAUGACGCCAGACUGCAAGGUCCCCCAGCCUUGGACCAGUGCCUGGAAGCAACUCAUGCCUUCUACAGGGACCUCAUUAGGGUCACCAAGCUAGCAGCCCUCAUGACCCAAUUUUUUGGUUUCUUCUGGAUGGCUCCUUGUUGAAGGAUUUCAGGCGACCCAAGACUCAAGACCACAUUAAUUCCACAAAAAUGCUCAGAUUGCUGUUUUAAAAAAAAUUUUUUUUAAGGUAAAUCUUCAGUGUAUGGGAUUUAGUAUAAGUGCCCAAGGCACCCACCCACUGCCACUAAAACUCGGUACCUAAUUGAAGCGUCAAGUGUGUAAAAUGUUAAUCCCUGUCACAGUGAUUUCCCAGGGUGCUUGAGACACCAUUUGGUGGGAGCUGUUUGGGAAGGAAAGAUGGUGAUCAGAAGGAAGAAGGUUGGUGGGGAGCAGAGUGCUUGGGGCCGACUCCUAAGGGGGUCCCCACUAGAUUCCUGAUGCUACACGCUUUGUGGAGCUGUUUUUAGCAAGGGUU